AUGGACUCCACAGCGACCGGACCCGAGCUCGCGGCGUCCCACGACGAGGAGGAGGCGGCUCCCCUCGUCUCCGGCGCCGGCGACGGCCGCCGCGGCGCAGGCACAGCGUCGCAGACCCGCGACCUGCACCUCCUCAGCCUGGCCUUCUUCUUCGUCUUCCUCGCCUACCACGCCGCCCAGAACCUCCAGAGCACCGUCAACACGGAGGGCGACCUGGGCACCGUCUCCAUGGGGGUGCUUUACACCUCCUUCACGCUCUUCGCGGUCGCGGCGUCGCCUGUGGUCAGGUGGCUGGGCGCCAGCCGCGCGCUCGUCAUCGGCACCAGCGGCUAUCUGCUCUUCAUCCUCGCCAACCUGGUCCCGACAUGGUACACAAUGGUACCAGCUUCACUGUACCUGGGUUUUACCGCAUCAAUCAUUUGGGUUGGGCAGGGCACAUAUCUUACUUCUGCUGCCCUCAGUCAUGCAAGAGACAACAAUUUGCCCGACGGUCCAACUUUAGGAAGCUUUAAUGGAGAAUUCUGGGGUGUGUUCGCUAGCACACAGGUCAUUGGGAAUUUGAUCUCACUUGCUCUACUGAGAAAUGGAAAGGAUGGAGGAAGUGUAACAGGAAAAAAUCUGCUGUUUGUUGUGUUCCUUGGAUGCAUGAUUAUCGGCAUUGUAUUGAUGUGUUUACUGUCCAAAAGGGAUGAGAAACGAGAUAAUGCUUCGACACACUCCUCAUUUGGGUCUAUGUUGAAGUAUAUUGUUGCCCCUCUCAAGGACCGUAGGAUGAUUCUUCUGAUCCCUCUUAUCGCAUAUUCAGGUUUACAGCAGGCAUUUGUAUGGGCUGUAUUCACAAAGAGUAUUGUGACACCUGUGCUUGGCAUAUCUGGAGUUGGUGGCGCCAUGGCAAUUUAUGGCGCAUCUGAUGUAGUUUGUUCAUUGGUUGCUGGACGUUUUACCUCUGGGCUUCAUUCAGCUACAUUUAUAGUGUCAGUUGGAGCUAUCGUUCAGGCUGUGGUCCUGUUCUGGUUGCUUCUUUUUUACAGUCCAAUGGAGGGGCUACUUGGUGCAGCGAUUCCACUAUUUAUAGGUGCCUUAUGGGGUGUUGGUGACGGAGUCUUGAACACACAGUUAAGCGCAUUACUUGGAUUGCUGUUCGAGGAUGUCAAGGAAGCAGCUUUUGCACAGUUGAAGGUUUGGCAAUCAGGUGCCAUCGCAGUCAUCUUCUUCUUGAGCCCAAGCAUCACACUACAAGCAAUGCUUAUCUUGAUGGCCACAGCACUCGUCAUCUCCUUUGGCUUGUUCCUGUUACUUACCCUUGUUGUCGAGAAGCCAUCAAGCAUCAGAGCAUGA